CCGACUCGGACGACAGCUCGAGCUCGACCAACCUUCUCAUGCUCAGCGAAGUCGCGCUCCAGGUCAAGGUCGAGUCGCCGCUCUCGUCGGACGACGAUUUGCACAGCAAGGCCAAGACCAAAUUAGCGUGUUACCUCAAGAACGAGACGCUCUACUGCCCAUUCGUGUAG